GAGGUGGUGAGAGCGAGGUUGAGUGUGGUUGAUCAUGGGUGGAGAGCACUGAGCUCAGAUGGGGCUCGUGGGGCUGCCUGUGGCCGGCUGGGGUCGGUGGAAACUGCCAUCCUAAACAUGUGACCUUGGGCUCUCCUGACCUUGGUAUUCACUCUGUCUAUACCCGCACCCAACAGGGAAAUGGAAGACCAGAGUGGUCAUGUCUGGCCCAAGUUGACAUUUUUGGAGGCUGAGCCAGGAAUGUGAUGCCCCACCCAGAGCUCUGCUUCUCACCACAGCCUCUCACAGGAAGGGCUGGGCUUCUGAGGCCAAAGCGGGGACAGAAGUCAGAGCUGUGCCAGGAUGUUGGGCUGGGUCCAGAAGGUGCUGCCUCAGCCUCCAGCGACCCCUCAGAAGACCAAGAUGGAGCGGGAGGAGCGGGAAGAACCAGAGUCCGAGCUGGAGCUGGAGACGGGGCGAGAACCAGAGCGGGAGCCAGAAGCAGCCCCUGAGGAGGCCGAGCUAGGGGGCGAGUCCCUGCCACCUGAGGAGCCAUUCAAGGGGCAGGAAGUGGCUGCAGCUGGCCCCUCGCUGCAGGAAACCCAGGAGGCUGCCCCUACUCUGCCCACAUCCCUCCAGGCCCAGGUCGCUGUGGUUCCUGAAGCAAACAGUCCCAGCGGCCAGGUGCUGACCUGGCUCAGGAAGGGCAUGGAGAAGGUCGUCCCGCAGCCGGUCUACAGUGGCAGGCCAGCCCAGAACACUGCUGCUGGACUGGAGGGCCCGGCUCAGGCAGGAGCACAGAUCCUUGGGCACUGCAGCGCUGGGGGCCCAGAUGGACCCGACGAGGCGCCCAGGUCCCAGGACAGCAGGCCCAGGCCCUGGCUGCUCAGGUGGUUCGCACAGAAUCUGGACAGAGUACUGCCUCAGCCCCCAAAAACAUCUGAGGACCGGAGAGAUGAGCAGGCUGAUGCCGCCUCGGGCCCAGCGCCCCCAGAACCCCCCCUGGAAACGGAGCCCGUGCUUCAGGCCCCGGAGAGCCCCUCCCUGCCCACCCCCAGCGCCCCGGAGCCCGAGGAGGAGCCGACCCCAGAUCCCGGCCUCCAGGCCUCCCUGCCGACCCCCGGGGACUCUGCCAGGUUGAUGACGUGGCUUCUGCACAGGCUGGAGAUGGCCCUGCCCCAGCCAGUGCUCCAUGGGAAGGCUGGGGAGCAGGAGCCUGAGUCCCCCGUGACGUGUGACGUGCAGACCAUCAGCAUCCUCCCCAGAGGGCGAGAGGAGCCCGAUCUCAUCCUAGAAGAGGUCGACCCUCAGUGGGAGGAGGACGAUGAGCGUCAGGACGGCAGCCCCAGCCCACAAAGCUCAGAGGCGGCUCCAGCUUAUGAAGAGGAGAUCGAGACCGUGGAGGAGAUGCCCAGUGUCCUGCUGGAUAGCUGUCUGGUGGCACAGGGUGGCGAGGACCUAAGCCAAGCAGGUGGGAGCGAGCACCAGACGGCCUCACCCCAGGAGUUGCAGGAAGAGGCGGUGGCCACUGGCUCAGGAGUGCCCGGCACAGAGGAGCACCCGGAAGUGCAGGUGGAAGAUGCCGAUGCUGACAGCCAGCCCCUCAUCGUGGAGGAGAUCCCACCCUCCCCUGAGCUGCCACCACCUUCUCCUGCCAAAUCCGACACCCUCACGGUCCCAGGCUCGGCCGCAGGCAACCACAGGAAGGUGCUGCCCUCCCAAGAUGAUGAGGCUGAAGAGCUCAAGGUGCUGUCACCAGCUGAGUCCCCCGUGGUUGCCUGGUCGGACCCUGCCACCCCGCAGGGCACUGAUGACCAGGACCGCGCGGCCUCCACGGCCAGCCAGAACAGCGCCAUCAUCAACGACCGGCUGCAGGAGCUGGUGAAGCUUUUCAAGGAGCGGACAGAGAAGGUGAAGGAGAAGCUCAUUGACCCCGACGUCACCUCCGAUGAGGAGAGCCCCAAGCCCUCCCCAGCCAAGAAAGCCCCAGAGCCGGCCCCAGAAGCGAAGCCGGCAGAGGCGGGGCCGGCGGAGGAGGAGCAUUACUGCGACAUGCUCUGCUGCAAGUUCAAACGCCGCCCCUGGAAGAAGUACCAGUUUCCCCAGAGCAUCGACCCGCUGACCAACCUGAUAUACAUCCUGUGGCUGUUCCUCGUGGUGCUGGCCUGGAACUGGAACUGCUGGCUGAUUCCCGUGCGCUGGGCCUUCCCCUACCAGACGCCAGACAACAUCCACCUCUGGCUGCUGAUGGAUUACCUGUGCGACCUCAUCUACUUCCUGGACAUCACCGUGUUCCAGAUGCGCCUGCAGUUUGUCAGAGGAGGGGACAUCAUUACGGACAAAAAGGAGAUGCGCGACAACUACCUGAAAUCCCGCCGCUUUAAGAUGGACGUGCUCUGCCUCCUGCCCUUGGACUUUCUCUACUUGAAAUUCGGGGUGAAUCCCCUCCUGCGCUUGCCCCGCUGCUUGAAGUACAUGGCCUUCUUCGAGUUUAACAACCGCCUGGAAGCUAUCCUCAGCAAAGCCUACGUCUACAGGGUUAUCAGGACCACGGCCUACCUGCUCUACAGUCUACACUUGAACUCGUGUCUGUAUUACUGGGCAUCCGCCUAUCAGGGCAUCGGCUCCACGCACUGGGUUUACGAUGGCGUGGGAAACAGUUACAUUCGCUGUUACUACUGGGCUGUGAAGACUCUCAUCACCAUCGGCGGGCUCCCCGACCCCCAGACGCUCUUUGAAAUUGUCUUCCAGCUGCUGAACUAUUUCACGGGCGUCUUCGCUUUCUCUGUGAUGAUCGGACAGAUGAGAGACGUGGUGGGGGCCGCCACUGCGGGGCAGACCUACUACCGCAGCUGCAUGGACAGCACGGUGAAGUACAUGAACUUCUACAAGAUCCCCAGGUCCGUGCAGAACCGGGUCAAGACCUGGUACGAGUACACCUGGCACUCCCAAGGCAUGCUGGACGAGUCAGAGCUGAUGGUGCAGCUUCCAGACAAGAUGCGGCUGGACCUCGCCAUUGACGUGAACUACGACAUCGUCAGCAAGGUGGCGCUCUUCCAGGGCUGUGACCGACAGAUGAUCUUUGACAUGCUGAAGAGGCUUCGAUCUGUCGUCUACCUGCCGAACGACUACGUGUGCAAGAAGGGCGAGAUAGGCCGCGAGAUGUACAUCAUCCAGGCGGGGCAGGUGCAGGUCUUGGGGGGCCCGGACGGGAAGUCUGUGCUGGUGACACUGAGAGCUGGAUCUGUGUUUGGAGAAAUAAGCUUGCUGGCUGUCGGGGGCGGGAAUCGGCGCACAGCCAACGUGGUGGCCCACGGGUUCACCAACCUCUUCAUUCUGGACAAGAAGGACCUGAAUGAGAUCUUGGUGCAUUACCCCGAGUCUCAGAAGUUGCUCCGGAAGAAAGCCAGGCGCAUGCUGAGGAAUAACAACAAGCCCAAGGAGCAGAAGAGCGUGCUCAUCCUCCCUCCCCGGGCGGGCACCCCCAAGCUGUUCACUGCCGCCCUGGCUGCAGCGGGGAAGCUGGGCGCCAAGGGGGCUAAAGGCGGCAAGCUGGCCCACCUCCGGGCUCGACUCAAAGAGCUGGCUGUGCUGGAGGCUGCUGCGAGACAGCAGCAGCUGCUGGAGCAGGCCAAGAGCUCGGGAGACGCCGCGGGAGAGGCGGGCUCGGCCGCCCAGCCCGCCUCCCCGGAGCCCGGGGCCCCCGACCAGCCCGCCGCCCCGGAGCCCGCAGCCCCGGAGCCCGCGGCCCCGCGCUCUCCGCCGCCCGCCUCCCCUGCGAGGCCCGAGCGGGGCGAGGAGGGGGCGGCCGGGCCCGAGGAGCCCUCGGUGCGGAUCCGCAUGAGCCCGGGCCCGGACCCCGGCGAGCAGAGCCUGUCGGUGGAGAUGCCCGAGAAGAAGGAGGCGGAAUGAGGCGGCGGCUCCCGCAGGGAUUUGGCUCCCACAUUUGAAGGAUAGAAAACAUUUCGGCGGAAAGGAGGGCAGAUGUGCUGUUCGUGUGACUGCCUGGAGAUGACGGCGCACCGGACCCAUGUGUGAUGCUGUUUUUUCUUUGCUGGGCGGUCACAUAGGCGACGUGAUGCUGCUCAGAUAGUUAGUGCUUAUCUUCCCCAGACUAUUCAGCUGGGAGUGAUGCCAUUGUCUCAGAACAGAUAAAUGGAAGUGGGCUCCGUGGCCAGGAGCCGGGAGCGUUUCUGAGCAUCUCCUCAGCCCGUCACCCAGUUCUGCUCAGCAGGAAUUCAUGUUACUCCGUUUUGACACCCUUGCUAUAGAGAUGAUGUAGCAACUUCGAUUAAUCCUAGAAUCACAGCUGAAGCCACCGAAGUUCCCGAGAUUUCUGCAGGUCUUCAUGUUACUUUUAUGAUUAAAAAAAGAAAAAAGGAAAAA